UCGGAUAAAAGAUUCUAAUUUUGUUGUCGCGUAUUAUGGCCGCGGUUCGGCGACGAGACGAACACCUGCGGUUCGCGCGCCGCGAGGUAGACGCGUGCGAACCUCUCCGUUCGCGCGCGCGGUUGCCUGCGUCCUGCCAACCGAGCCCCUUUACCCAUCCACCGACCAAUCCGAAGGCUGUGCUCGGUGCUGAGUCUAAAAACCGUAAAGAAUUGAACAAAGCAAUAGCAAAAGUCACGCUAGUAAAAAGUUUGCGAGCGAUUAUAACAGUGUAUCCAUCUACGCGUAUCUUUAAACGCAUGGCACGCGCCCUUAGUUGCUUCAAAACAUCGAUUUAUUUUUUAAAGUAAUCGCUACGCGUUUUGAUAGUUUUGGCGCUUGCUUUUUAACGCGCCGGUUUCUGUCAUAUCAGGAGGUGCCAUCGAAUUAAUUCUACUCACCGGGCGCAACAAAUGCAAAGACUGCGUUUCCCCCCCCCAGCUGGAAGCCAAAGCGCGUUUGAAGCACCUCGUGGUUUUUACUCGUUUCUGUUUACCAAUCGAUCGAUGGGUUACAGUCCGGAAGUGACGUCGCUCGACGUGACAAACGCAAACUCUACUCUGGAAGUCGCGCGUUAACGUGACGGCCGCGGCCUCCGAGAUAUUCUAAGCACACCCACGCUGCGUCCGCGCGCCCGCGUUUUAUCGCCCAUUCGCAGGACACCCCUGAAUUGGUCCCGCGUGUGAAAAAAAAAAAAAUGAAAAAAUAAAAACACCUCCCCCUCCUCCCCGAAGAAAUCCUCAAAUCCGUCGGCUCUUUCUCCAGAGCUUCUGCGGAGCCCGGAGCAGAUGCAAAAAAGAAAAACACGCCCGGUGCAGACAACGAGUAAAUCGACUGCACGAGUCGUGAAAAGAGGGAAAGUUUGGGCUGCGCGGAUCCGCGUUUGUUGCGUGGAAUUACUUAUACGUGGUUAAGCAGUGAAGCGCCUCCCAGUGCCUCGGUCACAGACCUUGAAACCCAGCGCAUAUAUGCAGAAUGCAUUUUGGGUCGAGCGCGAUCCUAUAGCCGAGGAGGGUCCUGCCACUUGCCCACGGGGCCCCCUCCACCUCAGCCUUCCUCCCCUUCACCGCACGCCCGGAACAUGCUCAGAUAUUCGGGCAGAAACUCGGUUCCGUCGCUGGGCUCUAAUUUGACGUUUCGCCGGGAAUAACCUCCCCGUUUCUGACAGGGAAGAACUUGCGCUCAUUCCAGCCCGAGAGAAGCGAGCGAGCGAGCGCGCAAAACAGCCGAAUCAUUAGAUGUUCGAUCAAGCCACGAGCAUGGGCGAUGGGAUCGCCGAGGACCGAAACCACUGUGGAGCCAAUUCGUUGUGCCGCGAGCGCGGCAGAGACUCUAAAAGCCGGACGGAAGCGGGGAACCGGUCACCUGUGCAGAGUUCUACCGACACGCCGGGGACUUCGGCGUCCACGCCGACUUCGUCCAGCGAGGAUGGACACGAUAAACUUUUAGGAGUCGAUCCGGACUAUUGCCGAAGGAUUCUCGUCAGAGACGCCAAGGGCACUAUCCGGGAGAUCGUUCUGCCGAAAGGCCUGGACCUGGACCGGCCGAAGCGCACGCGGACCUCGUUCACGGCGGAGCAGCUCUACCGGCUCGAGCUCGAGUUCCAGAGAUGUCAGUACGUGGUCGGGCGCGAGCGCACGGAGCUCGCCAGGCAGCUCAAUCUCUCAGAAACUCAGGUGAAAGUGUGGUUUCAAAACCGCCGCACCAAACAGAAGAAGGACCAGACCAAGGACACGGACAAACGGUCGUCGUCCACUUCCGAAUCGCUCGCCACGUGCAACAUCCUGCGGCUGCUCGAACAGGGCCGUCUUCUGUCUGUGCCUGCACCUCCGCCCAACCCCCUGCUGGCUCACUCGCACGCGGGCAACGGCUCGCUCCUGGGCAGCCCGUCCGUGUCCACUUCCUCCGGGGUCAGCAGCAGCACCACGCCUCCCGGGGCGGCAGCGGGCCGGGCGUUUGGACUGUCGCUGUCCUCUUUGGGCGGCACCCCGCCCUCGCCGCGCCUCGGGGUCCCACCCCCCUCCCUAUGCUUUACCAUGCCUCUCCUGGGCAGCGCCCAUCACGAACUGCCAGCGGGAUACGUGUGCGGAUCCUCAGCGUUUGAGCCCUACAUGAGGAUAGAGAGGAAGGACGGAGAGCUAAACGGGAAGAAGACGGUUUCCUAAGAACCUUCCCAACUGACUGGUACCUUCCCCCUUCUACCUGUCUCAGGGGUCUCACCUGUGCCGUGAACAACCGGAAGGUUUGCAAACUAACAGAAAGAGAUUGAAAGACGGCCUCUCUUGCGCUAGUGCCUACAACCAAAGCGAGGCCGGUCGGACUCCAUCGUUCCAGUGGAGGUGAGCGUUUGGGACGAAGCCUGUAAUUAAGCAUCGCUGUGUUCGGUGAAUUUCGUCGUCCACAGGUUUCCUUCCAUUUUUGCAUUACUUGUGUGGUGAGGAACUUAUUCUUUGUGAACGACGGAAACGCUGUAAAUGUAAUUGUAACUGUAAAAGGCUAAAUCAUUUUGCGAGUUGGGUGUUAAAAAAAAAAAAAAACUAGAAAAAUUAUGAAAAAAUGGUCAACAUUGUGGUGCGUUUUUAUGCUGCUCUAAAUUAAUUGACGUUGGGGAGCUUCGUGUCGAUGUAAAUGUGAGUCUGUGUGAAAGUAUAAGAAUGAGAGAAUUAGGCGAGUGAAUACGUACAGUAACUGUAAGAAGGCACUGACGACUUUUGUGGCAUUUGUUCUGCACUGGACCUUGGUACUAAUUAGAAAUCAACAAACAGAAUAACUAUUCACAUAGUAGUGAUGCCACAUUGAAUCUGAGCAUGUGGGAAAAUAAAAAUGCAAAUUGCAAAAUAAUAGCAUCGAAAAGUGCUCAUCAAAUGCGUUACAAACGUGUCACAAUGCACAACUCUUUACUUUGUAAACUCAUUCAUCAAUUAAUAGCGAUGCCCUCAUAGGCUCAACAACAAUAUAAGGCGGUUUCCAGGUUAUUAGCAUCAUUGAUCUAUCAAGGUUUUCAUUAACUUCACAUCUCAGAAAACUGGUUAAAGCUGCUGCGUGAGUGUUUCUAAUGAAACCGCUGAGGGAGCGAUGGCAGAUGUCUCUCUUCUGACUAAUGUAAUCUGUCUAACUUUUUCCUCUUUUGAAAAGUCAUAGAAUCGCUAGGCUAUUCAAAUGAGAACACAAAAAUAUUAUUAAUUGUAGCUUCCAUUCACGACUACAGAAAUUCACCUACAGUGACUUCCACUCCUGAGAACCCCGGAAAUGUGAAAACGGUCCACUGUCCCUAAUUAACAUGCUUCCUCGUGUCUGAGAGUUGCUUCCAAAUUAAAGCCAAGGGCUAUUUCUUGACUUCCAAGAUGAACAACCUUUCAGUCAUUCUACACUUGGUUUCGUUCUUUGCGAUCUUAAACGAUCUUUAUUCCUGACUGAAGUUUACAUGCACCAAUGCAGUACUAUAGGUUUGGAGACUGAAACAAAACCAAAAUGCACACUUUCAAAAAAAAAGUAGAAGGAUUCCUUUAAAGGACAAGUCAUUUUUGUUUUGUCUGACCACCCCAAUAUAUGCCCUUCGUCCUCCCCGUCAGUCUUAUCAGAGCCGUUGGGUCAGUUUGGUGCUCUUGCAUGUGAUAUUUAUGACUUCAGAUUUACAAGCCACAAUUAAUAAUUUUUUCAUUACCUCGAUUCAGAAGCACUUUACGUUAAUGGAUUUUCUUAGUCUUCUUCGCUCAAAACCUACCAUGCAUAUCAGUAAGAACAGCAUGCAUCGUUUGUUUUAAUUUCCCCUCCCAAAAAAAGUUUGUGUUUUGUUUAAAAACAGCCGAAUACAUUUAUUUCAACUACUUCUAAACAGAUUAAAUGAAGUCAUGCACCAAAGCUAUGCUAACCCAUGCAGACUCAUGCAAUACUUUCAUAUUUAAAAGAUUAUUAAAGUCAAAGCAAUCUUAUUCACACUGGGAUGAAAUCUGACAGAAAACUUGUUUUGAGUGCUGGAAGUCAUUUAUUUUUUCCUACGUGCAACAAAUUAGAUUCGGGGUCAAAAAGUAGAUGUAUACGUGCUGAGUGAAAAUGUUACCAUCUGGUUAAGUUGACAUCUGUUUUGUCUGAUGUUUUAUUUUGCAUUAAAGCACGUGAAGUGCUUUUUUGCUUUGCUCCCAAGUAAAAAGACUUUUGCACUUGUUUGUUUGGCUCUCAAGGAGCGCUCACAGAGACGGCCGUUUCAGUCGCUGCUGAGUGUCUGUCCUUACAAUUUUUUUUUAAGUGUUAUUUUGCAUACUUACUUAAAGUAUGUCACCCCUAAAAACAAAAAGGUUCAUGACUUCCGGUCACUUGAUAUGGUUGUCAGUCUGAAUGCCCUUUAAUGUGAAUAGGCAUUUUCAGUGUCUAGUCAAUAAACUACAUGUGCAGGCUAAUUUCUCCCACGGAAUAAACCAAUAUUAAAACUUAAUUCUCACAAUGAAGACAUUUUUGAUUCCUCAAAAUUAAAGUUUACAUCUCCUAAUUCACCAAUACGUACAGAAAUGUGUGUUCAUGUCGCAAUUCUACCUUUUUUCUGACUCAUUUUCGUCUCUUAAUGUUGAGGUAAUUGAUACAUUAAUUGUGAGAUGCAAAAUUAUGAGAUAAGAAUUCAAAAAGUUUAAAUGAGAAGUAUUUCCAUUCCUUUAUAACACUGUGCUUUCAUUGUUUCUCCAUUUCUGUCUUCUGACAGUAUUCUAGGCUGGACAGGUGAAGAAAUAAGUUGUCAUACACUCACCCUUCUGACUUUUUCAGAAUCAUCUGUGGAACACAAAAGAGAAACAUUAACGAAUGACUUGUACUGUAUACUAUAUUCCACAUCUUCUAAAAGUCAUAUCGAGUCAUACGAUAAAUAAGCUUCAAAGCUCCGGUCCCUCUUCAAUGUACUUGCACGGAAAGAGCAAGUAUGUUUUUGAAACAAUAAGUGAGAAUGAAUUGAGGGAGUGAAUGAUGAACAUGUUGAACUGCUUCUUCAAGCCGAGCUGUAAGUGGCUUCAGGCUUCUGAGCUGCUCUUCCGUUGCUUUCUGAGAAAGGAGCGAACAUGCAUCUAGUAUUUGAUUGGACUGUAACUUGUGCAAACGGAUUCACGUCGCGGCGGCGGUGUCGAACACAGUUCUUUUCUAUAAGAUUGGUGUAUAAUUCACUGCAGCAUCAUUUAGCCUGAAGCUCUGAGACAGACGCUAGCGCAUGCGGUCGAGGCUUACGAGACAAAAGCACAUUAGCACGCGACACGCAUUUUCUUCUGAAACCGUUUCCGAAAAGAACGAUGGUGUGCUGUUUAUUUUGUUAACGCGAUUACCAAGCGGAGAAACCGUAGGGGGAACUGUGAAUCUGAAAAAAGCAGCAGAGAUGUAGAUGAAGAGAUUACACUUCGAUAAGUUCUUUACCAUCACUACAAAAUACAAAACUCAUUUACCCCUUUAAUUACGAACCAUAUGCCUGAAAUAUGUUUUCAUGGUUGAACAAGUGAAGACAGUAUAUAUAAAUGACAUUGCCACAGAUUUGAUGAUUGUAAAAUGUGGUUUGAGUUUCCUGUGAUUGUGUGGAGAGAUUUUCUUUUUUCUCACUUUCAUAUUUUCUUCCGUUGUUGAAGGGUCAGUGCUCUUGUUCUGGCACAAAGAUUAUAUGUUAGGAAGCCAUACGCUUUUUUUUUUUGGCAGUACAGCAUUUGUGUGACCGUGUCAGAAAACGAAAAAUAAUGCUAAUAAAAAAAUAAAAAAAAAUCCAUAAUGGCACCAGCUUCUUACAAUUAAGAAAACACUUAACAGUAUGUAAAUAUAUGAGUCUUUGCACAGUAUUUUCAUGUUGUAUUAUGUGAUCUUACAGAAAAAAAAUGAAUGAAAAAAUAUAAAUGCUUUACAAUUCUUUGUCUUAUUAACUAUUUGCACUUAUUUAAAAAAAGUUUGUGUUCUGUGGCAAAAGAGCCUUUCUCAUGGUUUGGCUAAAAA